CCGACAACUUAUAUAUCCAUCAAAAAGCUGAGUAACAGUAACAUAAAAAUAAGCCGCUAUUUUUAUAAAUUAUUGAUAAACUGUUUAUUAAUUAAAGUUUAUAGUGAUUUAAAAGUGAAAAAGAUGUUUCUCACAAGAAGUGAAUACGACAGAGGUGUUAACACCUUCUCACCUGAAGGAAGAUUGUUUCAAGUUGAAUAUGCAAUAGAAGCAAUUAAAUUAGGUUCUACUGCAAUUGGAAUUUGUACAAGUGAAGGGGUUGUUUUGGCUGUUGAAAAACGCAUUACAUCAACCCUAAUGGAAUCCACAACUAUUGAAAAGAUUGUGGAAAUUGAUAAACACAUUGGCUGUGCAGUUUCUGGACUGAUGGCUGAUUCAAGAACAAUGAUUGAUAGAGCCAGAAUGGAAUGCCAGAAUCACUGGUUUGUGUACAAUGAGCGUAUGACAGUCGAAUCAUGUGCUCAAGCAGUUUCAAAUCUUGCUAUUCAAUUUGGAGAUUCAGAUGAUGAUGGGGCUGCUAUGUCUAGGCCAUUUGGUGUUGCAAUUUUGCUAGCUGGCAUUGAUGAAAACGGGCCCCAACUGUUCCACAUGGACCCCUCAGGUACAUUUGUUGAAUUUGAUGCGAAGGCAAUUGGCUCAGGAUCUGAGGGAGCUCAGCAGAGUUUACAAGAGAUGUACCAUCGUAGUAUGACUCUUACUGAAGCAACCACUGCUGCUCUUACAAUUCUUAAGCAAGUCAUGGAAGAGAAAUUGAAUUCCACAAAUGUGGAAGUGAUGACUAUGACACCAGACAAACUGUUCCAUAUGUUUACUAAAGAUCAGGUUGAGGAGGCUUUGAAGAAGGUCACAUCCCUUGAACACACCAAAGGUGAUGUAUCCACUCACAGUCAGUCAGAAGUUGUUAGCACCGAUUCAUAAUAUUAAUUAAUUAAUAUUC